AUGCCUCCAGCUCGGGCCACCCGUACGCGCCUCACCGGCAACGAGAAUGACGAGAACAGCGGCACGACGCGUCUUACAAGAGCCCAAGCUGCCGCUCUCAAGGUUGAUGAGCUAUCAAUGCCUGCUAAGGCUGCCCUGCAAACAAAGAAGUCCACAGCCAACGGUACCGCCGCCAGUAACACGCGGAAACGCGCUGCAUUGGGCGAUGUCAGUAAUGUAGGAAAGGUCGAUGGUGUUGCUGGAAAGAAGGCCAAGGGAUUGGUCUCCAAGGCUGCUCAACCCACCGGUAUCGAGAAGAAGACUGCGCGUCCUACCACAAGAACUGCUCUCGGCUCGAAGCCUACCAACUCCAAGACACAGUCCGGUUCCGGCACCAUUAACAAGCGAAAAGUUGUAACAGAUGCCGCCAACACCAAGAUAAAAGCUCCCGUCAACGAAAAUGAGCAUCCCUCCAAAAAGCAGCAUCUUAUUUCUGAGGAACGUGAACGAUCAGAGACGCCUGUUGAGGUUGAAGUCGAGAAGCCUGAGGUCUCUCUAGACAAGGCAGAGGUACAAGAUGCACCUUUCGAGUACCCUCCUGGCGUCAAGGACUUGGACAGCGAGGAUCUAGAAGAUCCUCUUAUGGUUGCCGAGUAUGCCAAUGAGAUCUUUGAGUACUUGCGCGAUCUUGAGGUCAAGUCGAUUCCCAAUCCUGAAUAUAUGUCUCAUCAGGACGAGCUCGAAUGGAAGACGCGCGGUAUCUUGGUCGACUGGCUCGUUGAGGUUCAUACCCGUUUCCAUCUACUUCCCGAAACCCUCUUCCUCGCCGUCAAUCUUAUCGAUCGCUUCCUAUCAGAAAAGGUGGUUCAGCUUGACCGUCUCCAACUUGUUGGAAUCACUGCCAUGUUCAUCGCUUCCAAAUACGAAGAGGUCCUCUCUCCCCACGUCGAGAACUUCAAGCGCAUUGCCGACGAUGGUUUUACUGAGGCUGAGAUUCUGAGUGCUGAGCGAUUUAUCCUGAGCACUCUCAACUACGAUCUCAGCUACCCCAACCCUAUGAACUUCCUCCGCCGUGUCUCCAAGGCAGACAAUUACGAUAUCCAGUCUCGAACCAUUGGAAAGUACCUGAUGGAGAUUGGCCUGCUGGAUCAUCGAUUCAUGCCCUACCGACCUAGUCACAUUGCUGCUGCUGCCAUGUAUUUAGCGCGACUGAUGCUUGACCGUGGCGAAUGGGACGAGACUCUUUCUUACUACGCUGGUUACACUGAGGACGAGAUCGAGCAUGUCGUUCAGCUCAUGGUCGACUACCUCGCUCGCCCUGUCACUCAUGAAGCAUUUUUCAAGAAGUAUGCUAGCAAGAAGUUCUUGAAGGCUUCGAUUCUUGCACGCCAAUGGGCAAAGAAGAAUGCUCAUGUAUUUUGCGUCCGCGACGUUCAUCUGAGCCUUGAUGAGCUAUCAUAG